AUGGACUCGUGGUGUUCAUACAGUCUAUUAAUAUUUUCAGCUCUGUGCAAGUUCAUCGACUCUGUAGACCAGAAUGUUGCCGAUGAGCCACUGCCACGCGAUGAACUCUAUUAUGCGCUGGCCAGCGAAUAUGCCAAUGAGAAUGUUAUUUUUUCAUCCGAAAUGGUGCGAGCUGCCUUGUUUUUCAUCUAUAUUGGCAUCGAAGGGGAGGGCUCUGAUGAAAUGCGUUUGGCGCUGGCCUACCACGGAGUAACGAUGUCAGAUUUUCAGGUCGACUCGGCCAAAAUCUUUAAUUACAAAUGGAAAGAUGCUCCCAUAGCGCACAGUGUCAUACGUUACUUUAUAAGGCAGGAUCACAAGAUAGCCAGGAAUUAUAAGAUGUACAUGCGCCACAUGAUGGGCAAGGCAGUAAAUGUGGACUUCAGCGAGGAUCAGCUAAAGGCAACUAAUAAAGAACUGGCUGACGAGUUGGGCCCUAUAGGUGCUGAUGUCAUAGCACCAGCAGUCUGGGGUGCCGACCACCUGGCACUGCUCGUCAAUGCCAUGUAUUUUAAUAUGAGCUGGCACCGAACUUUCAACACCCAAGCCUCUUACCCACGCAUCUUCCACGUGAACGAGUCGCGCAAGCUGCUCAUCAAAAUGAUGCACGAGGACAGCACAUAUUUGUGGGGCGAGUUGAAAGAACUGAACGCCACUGCGGUGGUGCUGCCCUUUGCUUUUCCCAAAUUGAAAAUGCUGCUCAUCAAGCCGAACCAUAUGGCCGGUCUGGAUCAGCUGGAGUAUUCGUUAGCCGGCACCGACAUAAACGCCCUAGUAGAUGAUCUGGUCCAGCACGAUGUUUUCGUGGCAUUACCCAAGUUCAAGAUUCGCUGCGAUAUGGAAGUCACUAAGGUGAUACGUCGCUUGGGCAUCGGUAAAAUAUUCGAAAUCUCCGAAACCUUCACCACGCUUUUGAACAAAAGCACGCCAUUUCGGGUGACAGGCAUUCGACAUGUGAACACUUUUGAGUUCACUGAGGCGGGCGUAGGUGUGGCUCCAACGCCAAUGGGUUACGGCAGUUUGGCACGCCUCUUUAGGGGUGUCAAAUACUUCUUAGCUGAUCAUCCAUUUGCUUUUUUUAUUAUUGAUAAGAAGUCGGUAUUCUUGUCGGGCCAUAUAACUAAUUUCUGACUUGACAUUAAAAACCGUUAGCUAUUUA